AUGUUUUAUUACGUUUCUUUCCUUCGGCCUCCCCCUUCGAUAGCACCCCUCACAACCCCCGUAUCCUUCACACCUCAAGUUGCCAACGAUCUCAGGACAGAGCUCUGCCCGGAUGAACACGAUCUAUUUUACUCAUGGAUCCACGAAGCGGAUUACAAAACCCUCCUAUGCGCCGAUAUAUUAAGCACGAGGGCAAGCCCUAGCACUUCCGUCCCAGGAAAGCCAACAAAACUCACUACCUGGCGUCCGGCGAACUUAUACAAGGAGAUUAAGAUCCCCCCGCCUCCGGGGGUGCAAGACGGCUCGACAUGGUGCCUGGCCAUUACCGUGAAUGGUCAACACAGGGGUCAUAGCUCUGCGAUGAUAGACUUAUGGCAUGCCAGCGGACCCGACAGGGAGACCCUCGGAAAGACGCCGUUCCCGGUCGUCUCGAUGCCCAUCCUGUUCUCUGCUAGAGGGGGGCGAACGGGACUCACGAAACACGAGAAAAUCGAGAGGAUCUACCGGUUUUCGUCCCCCGGACGAUCUAUCGAUGCCACACCUCCACGCACGGUGAGGAUCGUAGAGCAGACAUCGUUCGAUCUCGAUAAGAAAAUAUGGGACAGCGGAAUCGGGCUCAGCGCGUGGAUAUUGGGUGUGAUGAACUCGAUCCCGGAGUCUGGGCAUCCUUCUUUAGCACACGAAGUUAUGGAAACAGUACUGUCUACAACAGCGACAGUAAUAGAACUCGGUUUGUCGAUCUGUUGGAAUGUGUGUGGCCAAGUGCCUGAGCUCGCGUUCAUAGGCACGGGCACGGGCAUCGUUUCGUUGGUCAUCGCAGCAUCUCGAUCAACGGCCAUAUCUGAAGACGAAGACAAAGCCAAAAUAUACGCUACCGAUCUCCCUUCUGCCCUACCACUGCUGGAGCAUAAUAUCGAAAUAAAUACGCCUUCGUGUUUCCCGCGUCGACCACCAAUACCUCUCGCGCUUGACUGGGAUGAAGAGCUUCCGGACGUAAUUCAAAAGACAGAUGGGGCAGAGCUAAUUGUAAUGGCGGAUGUAACUUACAAUACCGCGUCAUUCCAGGCGUUGGUCAAAACACUAGAGAGGCUUGUGAAGCUCUCAGUGCGUUCGGGGAAGCAGCCUUUACUCUUGCUUGGAUACAAAGAACGCGACGAGGCGGAGCGUACGUUGUGGGACAUGGUCAAGGAGAUUGGUAUCGAUUUCCGGAAAGUUGGGGAACGAGAAGGUGCAAGCGGGUUUCCUGUCGAGAUCUGGAUGGCGCGCCCUGAACAACUUGGCGUACCGUGUUAG